AUGACUAAUAUAUUUUUAUAUUCUAAAUCAAAUAAAACUAAAUAUAAAACAUAUAAAAUUUAUUUAUAUUUUAAAAAAUAUAAUAAAUGGAAUAUAAUUAAAUUAGGUAUUUAUAAUCCAAAAUUAAAUAUUAUUUCUUGUAUUUAUUAUAUAUUAUUGAAAUAUUUAAAAUAUGGAUUUAAAUUAAAUAAAAAUAUAAUUAAAAUUUUAUUAUAUAAAUUUAAAAUAUAA